AUGGGCAAGAUUUGGCAGAUGAAACAGGGGGCCACAACUGACCCUGAGGGUCAGGAAGUUGCCCUUGACGUUGAGCGAGGCGUAUUUCUCCUGGAAGAAGUACUUGAUCGAGUCGCGCUGGUCGGGCUGCGCGGGCGGCUGGUCCAUGGCCGAUGGAGGGGCGGGCAUUGCUGCUUGACCGUGGGGGAAGCCAGGCGAGAAGCCCGCGCCGUCAACCGCCCGCUGCAGGCUGCUGCCGCCAUUGUUCCCGCUGUGCGUGUUGCUGCUGUUAUUGUGGCCGCCGGGGCUGCUAUUGUUGUUGUUGUUGUUGUUGUUGUUGUUAUUGUUGGCGGCGGUGUUGCUGUUGAUGCUGCCGCUGGGCGUGUUGCUGGCAGUGUUGCCAGCGCUGCUGGCGGCGGCGGUGUUGUUGCUGCUCUUGUUCGACCCGCGACCGAAGCCCUGCCGCCUGCUGCACAGGGGAACCGAAGGCCCGUCGAGGCCACUUACACGCUCUGGAAGAAGUUUGACAUUGUCCGGGCGCACUGGGAGAUCUGGCUGGAGAGAUCCAGGGUCCUUUUGAUAGCAGCAGCAGAGGGGGAAUCAGAGGGGCAGAGGGCUGUCUGUCAGUCACUGCGAGGCUCUCUGCUGCGUUUCCUCUCUUCUGCCUGUUCUUCUCCUUCUUCUUCUUCUUCUUCUUCACUGCUGCACUGUUUCUGUCUUAUAUGCCGUGUCUGUUUUGUUAUCAUCCAGGGUGAAGCCAGCCUCCAGCCAGGACUGCCAGACAGACAGAGACAGCUGAGAGAGACCGGAUUUGUUACUGCUGUGGCCCUUUUAUUUCAAGUAGCCAGUCAGUGUGGUGCAUUUGCUGCCUCGACGAUGGACGUGGACGAGUCGCCGCGAAAGGCGCAGGACGAGCUCGAGGACGAGGCCAUGGAGAACAGCCCGCCUGCGCUGGACGAGGACGGUGACAUGGGCCUGUUUGGCUCUGGAGACGAGGAGGAGGACGAGGAAGAUGUGCAAGACAGACGGCGGAAGCUAGACGACGUCGAGCUCGACUCCGGCGACGACGAAGGGCGAUACGACCGGGCCGGGUCUCCCAUGGAAGAAGACGGCAUGGACUACGGCCGGACACUGAAUAUCAUGGACCUGAGCCUUGGACGGGCUCCUGAGCCAGAGACCACAGACGGACAGCUGUUCAAUUGCGCUAUACCAAACUUCCUCUCGAUAGAGUCUGAAGAUUUCAACCCAGAGACAUAUGUUGCUCCGCCCUUUUCAUCGGCAUCUACCUCGCUCUGUUGGAGGACCAGUCCAGACGGCAGCGAGCUCCAGUCCAAUGCCAGGAUAAUACGCUGGUCAGAUGGCUCCAUGACCCUCCAGCUUGCCUCAAACCCAACAGAACAGUACCGGAUAUCCUCCAAACCUCUCGCGCAGUCCAGCCGGCCCGGUAAGCGAGAAGAGUACGACCCCGAUCUGGAGUCUCACACAUACUUGGGUGUGGCAGCAGAAGCAUCUUCGGUCAUCCGUCUCACUUCACGCAUCACCGCCUCCCUCAGCAUCCUCCCCUCCACAGUCGAGACAGACGAUGCAGUGCAGAGACUGCAAGAGUCCCUCGCCGCAGCUUCACGGAGCGGCAAGAAGACCGCAGACGGAUCCGUAGCAAUCAUCGAAGUCAAGCAGGACCCAGAGCUGGCGAAGAAACAGGCCGAACAGGCUGAACGAGAGAAACUGCGUGAAGCUCGUAAGAGACAGGCCGCUGCUGAGCGAGAAGUUGAUCGUGGCAGGCGAAGUACCGCCUUCCAGCGCUCGGGGGCAGCAGGUCUUACCAUCGCCGGCCUCGAAGGAGACGAAGAUAUGGGCGUCGGUACCAAAUCCCGUCCUGGAGCAAAGCGGCCUGGUGCUCGCAAACCUCGUCGUCGUGACGAGAUUUAUUCUGAUGAAGAGGAUGAUUACGACCGCAGAGGCCGUACGCGUGAAGACGAGUAUGAUGAAGACGACGGGUUUCUGGUUGGAAGUGAUGAGGAGCCUGAAAUCGAGGAGGACGAGGAGGAAGAGGAGGAAGAAGCUGAGGAUGAAGACAUGGAUGCCGAGGGGGAGAUUGAUGACGAUGUCCAGCCUGCGAAGCCCAGUGGUAAAUCAUCCAGGCCACAAUCGCCCGGCCAGAAAGAAGCUUCACCCCAGGCACGGAAGAAACACAGAUAUGUCGUUGACGAUGACGAUGAUGAGUAG